GUGAGUGAUGGACGGAGGUUACCCAGCCUCGGGAGGAACCAGUCACACACUGAUCUGAGUAAACAAUUGCAGUCAUAGGCACUCACGGCCAGUCAGAGGCACUCACGGCCAGCAAGAGGCACUCACAUAGCCACAAUACUUCAAGCACACACUCACCGUACCAUCAAGAAGGAGGAGGAGGGUUCAUAGAUCACAAGUUGUGAUCUGCAGGAGGAAGAGGAAAGACCUUCACUCACCACCUACACGAGUUACUCACACUCGGGAGCUCGAGUCUGCAGGCCAGAUACGGACUGGUGAGCGCCAGGAGGUGGAUCAAGCGCUGAUCUUCAAGACCUGAGAGCCAUGAGCCUGGCCAAGAUGCCCAACGAGAGGAAACUGACACUGUGUCGGAAGUACUACAUGGCUGGGUUUGCGCUCCUGCCAUUCAUGUGGGCCAUCAAUGCGAUGUGGUUUUUUAAAGAAGCUUUCUGGACUCCUCCCUACCCAGAGCAGAAGCAAAUACGCAAAUAUGUGAUCAUAUCAGCGGUGGGUGCGUUGGUGUGGCUGGUAGGACUCAUCAGUUGGGUAGUGGUGUUCCAACAGAACCGCAGUGCGUGGGGAGCCACAGCUGACUAUAUGUCCUUCAUCAUUCCUAAAGGAGUGCCAUAGUCACUCCUCAUGCACAUUACGCAUGUGCUGACCAAAAAAAAAGGGGUCAAGGUUGACUGAUGUAUGUUUGGUCUUUAGUCACAACAAAAUGUAGAAUUAAUGAAAGGGGUAGAAUUAUUUUUCAUAUGUCUUAAUGUAAUUGAAGUAGUUAUCUUGCACUUUUAUAUUGCUCAUAGAAUACAUGUCAUCAAGGAGACAGAAGGGCAUGAUCUUUAGCAUGGUACCUAUACAUUGAAAAGGCAAGGGUCAGCAUUCAUCAAGCAUUUGUGCAGAAUUGCAAGGCUUCUGUAUAUUUUCUUAAUCAUGGCAGCUCAGUUUGGAUUUAUUAAACAGUUUCUAAGGUUGGAAAUUUUGCUACCCAAUGUUGUUUAUUGUUAUGGACAAUAAAUUAAUAAAUGUAAACCAAGCCAACACGAUUCAAGAAAGAUGUACGGGUUUUGUUAGGAACAUUUACGUGCUUGAUAAAUCAAGCCCCUGGUCUCAGUAAAAGCAAGAGUAUGACCCAAGAAUAUAAACUCAAUAAAAAAUACUUUACUUAAAUUGA